AUGCCAAAAGUCAAGAACCAGAAAGAACAGAAAGCCAGAUGCAGUGAUGACUUCAUUUCCAGCCACUACCAGCUGGGUGAUCUGCUGGGUGAAGGUGGAUUUGGUUCUGUGUAUGAGGCGAGACGUUUGGAGGAUGACCUUAAAGUGGCGGUCAAAUAUGUUAAUAAGACCGAAACCUACAGGCCAAGUUUAUACAUUCCUGGAUAUCAGCAACAUGUUCCACUGGAGAUCGCCCUCACAAUCCUGGCUAAUAAAUGCCCCAGAGUGCCAGAGAUCAUCCAGCUGCUGGACUGGAAGGACUACAAUGACCAUUUCGUCAUGAUCCUUGAAUGUCCCUCUCCUUGUGAGACUUUGGAAGACUUUGUGGGGCGUCAGGGUGGACGUCUCAACGAGAGCUUAGCACGGCGAGUCAUGAUGCAGGUGACUAAAGCUGCGAACGUGUGCUGCCAGCGCCAAGUGUUCCACCGUGACAUCAAACCGAACAACCUUCUCAUCAACAACCAGACACUUGAAGUCAAACUAAUUGACUUUGGGUGUGGGGACAUUCUGAGGACAACUGUCUACAUGUCAUACUCUGGCACAGCAACAUACAUCCCUCCUGAGUUUCACAUAAAGGGAAAGUACCACGGCAAGCCUGCAACGGUUUGGUCACUGGGGGUUCUGUUAUUUAAAAUAGUGGCCGGAUAUUAUCCAAGUUUCUUAGAUCUGCACAUGCUCAAACUGCAUCUCUGGUCCAAAACUGGUCUGUCAAAUGAAUGCUGCAGAUUGCUCCGCGCUCUCCUGCAAAUAAAGCCAAAGAACCGAAUUCAGCUGGAGGAAAUCCUUUCCCACAAGUGGUUUACGGCCACCACAUAAGACCACCUCAGAAGUUGUUGUAUCUUCAGCUCUCCAAUGGUUCCUGCAAUAGUUGCAGCAGUAUCAGAGGCCCAGUCUACAACGUCUGUCCCCUGCAGUCCAAAACAUCCCAGAAAAGCUGUUUUAAACUAGAAUAUAUAUUAAGUUAAAGUGUUAUUGUCACGUUAAUGCUUUAAUUGAUUAACAGCAACAAUUAUUGCGCAUUAACAGUUGUUUGUUAAUAUGAAAGUCCAUUGCUCACUGGCUCUGAAUACACAUACAGUCAAAGCAUGGGUCACAGGAGGAGUGGGAUGUUGAUCAGUACUGACUUGGGAUGGGUGUCAUCACGUGUCUCAACCAAUGAGAGUAUUUGUGGUGGGCCUAAGACUGCAGCAGCUCACAUGAAGCGCUCACGACUUCAUAAGUGGGAAACCCAAAGUUUCUGUUAACACGUUAAGGCAGCAGAGAUGCGCU